UAUGAAUUUGACGUGUGAGUUUUGUCUACGUGAUCGAAAUAAUAACAAUGAUACAAAUUGGAAAAGACACAUCGAAUCAUGUCAAAAAAAAAAUAAAAGACAAAAAGUUAAUUUGGAUGGAUUUUUUAAAAAAAUAAAUAAAACUACCUGUAACUGUUCAACAAAGUGAUAUGAUGAUGGUUAACGUAGAUGCCUCUUCACCGCCUUCGAGUACAGUUAAAACAUCCAAUGAUAAACUAGAAUUGACGUGCAAAAAUUCAACUACAGCUGUAUCCAGUCACAGUGAAAAUUUAAGUCAGAUGCAAUAUAUUGCUUCAUCUGAAUUGAGCACAAAUCAUUUUGAUUCAAGUUGUUAUAUUAUACUAAUUAUAUAGGUACCAAGAUAAACUAUUUGAAUUGGACAGUUUCAAUAAAAAUAAAAGCAAUGAUGAAAAUAUAUUGAUGGAAGAAAAAAGUGAAGCGCAAUCUCCAAUAACUGAUUACGAUCAUCAAUUACUUUCAAAUGAUCCUACCAACAUUUCUGAUGAUGAUAUUUUAUUGACGGAGAAAGAAGCCGAAGGACCGAUACCGUCUCCAACAACUGAUUAUGGACAAAGUGAUUCAAGAAAAGAAAAUGAUCCUGUAAGAUUUUCAAAUACCAACAAAAGAUUAAGUUUUGAACAGAAAAAUUAUAUUUUAAACUUGGGUGCAUCUCAACCAACAUCUCAGCAGAUGCCAUUUCAGAAGUUCCCAAAAACUAACAAAUACAGUUUUCAUCCUGAGUGGUACACUAGAACUUUGCCUGAUGGAUCUAUAGGAUUUCGUAAAUGGUUAUCAUAUUCAAUUUCAUGUGGCAACACGUUGUAUGAUUUUAUAGAAUCCAAAAUAGAAGCUCCGUCGUGA